AUGGAAUCGCAUGUAUCAAGCCCUACUUAUUAUGCGACGGUAUUCGACAGUGCUCAAAUGAUGGUAGUGACGAAAAUGGAUGUGUAUAUGGUACAUGCGGCAAAAAUCAAUUCCGAUGUCAAAAUGGAAGUCCCAGAGGGCCGUGCAUUCCAAUACGCAAACAAUGUGACAAAGUUGCAGACUGUUACGAAGCAGAAGAUGAACAGAAUUGCGGCAAAAUGCAGAAUGCAAGAAUUUAAAUGUACCGAUGCUGGUAACUGUCUUGAGAAACACAAAGUUUGCGAUGGUCAUUCGGACUGUGGUGAUGGAUCGGAUGAAGAAAAUUGUCCAGAUGUCAAGCAUUGUAUUAAUGGUUUUCUGUGUGAUCGAAAUGUGACUUGUAUAGCAAAUAGUUUCAAGUGUGAUGGUAGUUAUGACUGUAAUGACAGAACCGACGAACUCAACUGCGACCUUGGUGCACUGGUACCAGGAUUUUGUACAAUUGAUCAGUUUCGAUGUAUGACAGGCCAAUGUAUCCCUGAGUAUUUCAGAUGCGAUGGUACAUUUGACUGUUUUGAUCAGUCAGACGAGGACCCAAAUAUGUGUGGAACUGGUAGCAAUACGAGGUGGAGAGACGAUGCUCGCUGUGGCCCAAACUAUCUUUUGCCCGAUGGCAGUCCCGCUGAGUGCGACCCUAAUUCCGAAUUCUAUUGCUGCUCCCCUUCUGAUUGGUGCGGUAAUAGUUUUGCUCACUGUGAAUGCAUCGGAUGUAUUGACUACCGUGUGGGGCCAAGUGGACCGUGCGGAGUUGGACUGUUCAUGUGUCCAUUGGAGGGAAGAUGUUUGUCAGAGUCACUAAAAUGCAACGAUGUGCCUGACUGUGCUGAUGGAUUCGAUGAACAGGAUUGCCCAUGCUAUGGAUUCAGAUGUAUCGGUAUGGACGGGGAAGAAAAGUGUUUCCUAACUGGCUGGGUAUGUGAUGGCAAUACUGAUUGCCUUGAUGGUAGUGAUGAAGCCGAUUGUAAUGAAGUUGAUUGUAACCAGGAAUUCAACGAAGACCACGGAAUCAUAUUCUCCCCAAAUUAUGGUCCUGGACUGCUAUAUCCUUUCAAUCGGGACUGCACCAUUACAGUGAACACGACGGGCGGAAGGAUUGAAUUCACUUUCUUAGAGAUGAAUUUAGAAGACAACGGUUGUGCUUACGAUUACAUACAGGCAAGAAAUGCCCACUUCAUGCGAUUAUCACUCUGUCGUGCAUGCAGUCUUCUGCUGUAG